AAGUACAUAAAUAAAUAAUUGAAGUAAAUCUUCUAUGCCCAUUGACCUUCAUUAAACAAGUAACACGAGUAUUAAAUAGACUGAAGCUGAAAACGUGACCAACGGGGAUCUAAACACAAACUAUUUGACACCUUUUCCAACAUAACUCGGCAGUUGCUGUUACCACUACAACGCACGUGACAUCCCGCUAACUAGGUGUUGCCAGACAAGAAACGUGACGUCACGCUAGCUAGCGGUUGUCAUAUAACGCACAUGACGUCACGCCAGCUAGCUGUUGCCAGACAAGAAACGUGACGUCCCGCUAACUAGCAUUAGCUGCAGCUGCUCCCAGCUUAGCGCCAGGUGAGUUCUCAUCGCCUCGUUGUGGACAUUUAAGGAUGAGUCGGGGAGACCAGCAGCCGACGGAUUCCAAAGCGAGCUCGUUUUUCCCGAGAAGUACGUCCACAGUGUCUCUGGACGAGCGCUUCUCUCAGGUGUUGGUAGACCAGCGGAGCCUCUCUAGAGGUGUUACCUUUGACCCUGCCAUGCUGCAGCAGCAGGAGGGGUGUGUGUCCCCACGUGUGGUGCUGCUGGUGGAGACAGAGAGGUCAUGGCCGCUCUGCCUGCCGCGCUCCAGGAGGAGCAGCGUCUGGACUCGACUCGGCUGGCGGCAGAGCACGUCCAGACCUCCGGGCUUCUGGAGCUUCAUGAACAAGUACAGGUGGACAAGGAGCUCCGCCUCCACUUGCAGACGACCAGGAAACCUUCACAGACCACUCGGGAAGCGUCGCCUCGUGAGGAUGAAAAAGGUCAGCAAAAUGAUCGGACGAACACACCUGCAGAGGGGCGGGGUCACUUCCUCUGGGAGGCGGUGCGUGGGCAAAGGCCGCAUUCCGACGAAGCGUCAGCUGGACGCACAGCUGGACGAGUACAUGGCCAAGACCAAGAGCCGGUUGGACGCACAGCUGGACGAGUACAUGUCCAUGACCAAGAGCCGCCUGGACGCUCAGUUGGACGAGUACAUGUCCAUGACGGGCCCCGCGCUCUGGGACUGAGGGACUGGGGCGGGUUUCCUACUAGUUGUCUUUAGUGUUGAUUUGGAUCUGGAGAGCUUAGGUUUGUCCCCCAGGUGGUGUUUUACCUGGUUUGUUUUUGUUAAGUGACCUCUCUACGUUGGAGCUUUCUCCCUUUUGUGACUGAGGCGCCUCUUUUGUGCCCAGAAUUUAAAGUUUAAUAUUUUAAUAAAAAACGUUCUCUAAUGAGUCCACUUUGUUUACUUCAGGUGUUUAAGUCCAUCGUUCCACUUUUGUCCUGCAAUACCGAUCCAGGGCCCCGUUCCUCGUACGUGGUUCAGCUAAGUCGAUCAAAUGUCCCACGAUCAGCUCAAAUUGAGAUGAUCGACAUCAAGGAUUUAUUUAACACAACGGCAAAUAAACUUAAAGGAAGAUGAGCAGAUGAUUAAAAAGCUUAUGUAUCAUAUGUGUGUG